UUUGGCGGGAAAAAGCAGCGCCACAAAUCACGAACACGGAGAGAGAGAGAGAGAGAGAGAGCAUCCAUGGCGGAAGAGGAAAGCGCCGAGCUCGAACAGCUCGAGGAAGAGUUCAAGGUGUGGAAGAAGAACACCCCGAUCCUCUAUGACCUCGUGAUCUCCCACGCCCUCGAGUGGCCAUCCCUUACCGUCCACUGGGCUCCGCUCCCUCCCCAGCCCUUCGCCGACGACCAUUCCCUCGCCGUCCACCGCCUCGUCCUCGGCACCCACACCUCCGACGGCGUCCCCAACUUCCUCUUGCUCGCUGACGCCCUCCUCCCUUCCAAAUCUGAUCGUUCCAGUGAGAACGCCGCGCUUCCCAAGGUGGAGAUAUCGCAAAAGAUUCGCGUGGAUGGGGAAGUGAAUAGAGCACGGUUCAUGCCACAAAAUCACAAUAUUGUGGGUGCUAAGACAAAUGGUUGUGAGGUUUAUGUUUUUGAUUGUUCUAAGCAGGCUGCGAAGCAGCAGGAGGGUGGGUUUGAUCCGGAUUUGAGGUUGAUGGGUCAUGAUGGAGAAGGCUAUGGAUUGUCUUGGAGCCCCUUGAAAGAAGGUUACCUUUUAAGCGCUUCCCAUGAUAAAAAGAUUUGUCUCUGGAAUAUAUCUGCCGAGGCACAGGGUAAAGUGCUCAGUGCAAUGCAUGUUUUCGAGGCUCAUGAGAAUGCGGUUGGAGAUGUGUCUUGGCACUUGAAGAAUGACAACUUAUUUGGGUCUGUCGGUGAUGAUUGUCAAUUGAUGAUCUGGGACUUGCGAACGAAUAAACCACAGCAAUGUGUUAAAGCACAUGAGAAAGAGGUGAAUUCUGUAUCUUUCAACUCGUAUAAUGACUGGAUUCUGGCAACCGCGUCUUCAGACACAACAGUUGGACUGUUUGACACGCGGAAGCUGACCACGCCAUUGCAUGUCUUUAGCAGCCAUGAAGGAGAGGUCUUGCAAGUAGAAUGGGAUCCUAAUCAUGAGGCUGUGUUAGCUUCUUCCUCGGAGGACAGAAGGGUGAUGGUCUGGGAUCUGAACAGAAUUGGAGAUGAACAGCAAGAGGGAGAUGCAAGCGAUGGCCCUGCCGAACUGCUAUUUUCUCAUGGGGGUCAUAAAGCUAAGAUCUCAGAUUUCUCAUGGAACAAGAACGAACCAUGGGUUAUCUCGAGUGUGGCUGAAGACAACUCUGUUCAGGUUUGGCAAAUGGCUGAGAGUAUCUGUGGAGAUGAUGAUGGCAUGCAGGCCAUGGAUGGAUAUGUAUGAGAUUUGGUACAAAUGCUUCAUAGGAAUUUCUCAGCUCUGAUUUUGUUUCGGGUCCAACAGAGAAUUUUUCCUGAACUUGCUAAUUCAACAAUGCUUCACGAAGCAUUUUCUUCCAGUCCUUUUAGCCGGCUUAGAUGAAAGAUAUACUCGCUGGCAUGAUCCGUUAGGUGUGAGUCAGUUUAUUUGCGAAAGGACGAGCUCUUUGGAUGAGGUUGAAGUACGCUCUCAGACCGUUUUCUGUAAUUGAUCGUGUACGGUGGAUGAGUUGAAUAGUGAUGCGUUUCCUU